AUGGCUCUCAUAUUAAGGCUGUCUUGUGCGGAGGAUGAGAUGGCACCUCUAUCCUGCCCAGAGUACCAAGAGGGUUUUGACGGCUCCUGUUAUGAGUUUGUGGCUCUACCGCGUUCCUUCCUCAGUGGACGGGGCUUGUGUGAGCGGGGUGGUGGACACCUGGCCUUCAUUCUAAAUACUGAUACACAGCAGUUCCUACAGAAGCACCUGCAGCCAGAGCAGGACUGGUGGCUGGGUUUAGCACCUGCCUCCCCAAACCUAACACUGGACUCUGCUGUUGCUGAAGGUCCUCUCUCCUGGCUUGAUGGCUCUGAUGUCAGCUACUCUAACUGGGUGAACGACCCUGAUCCAGGGGCUGGCUGUGGUCACAUACUGCGGAGCUCAGGGUUUCAGUGGGAGGCAACAAGCAACUGUAGCCAGGAGCUGCACUUCAUCUGCCAAUUUGUCCAGAAAAACAUCACCAUUCAGAAGCCCAUCGGGGAGUUUGGCGUCAUUAAGUGCUAUAGCAUGAACCAAUCAACAGAUGGUGCAAACUGCAAGGCCCUGUACGGAAGCCCCCUUCAAAUCCAGGUAGAAGUAGAAGCUGGUACGAAUGUGACCUACAAACUCCACAGUGGUGAGAUGUUGGUGGCCAAUUCAUCAGCAGUCAGAGGAAUCAUCCCCCACAACAUCACAGUGGGACCAGAGGUGGAGCAACAUCUGGGCUCUGGCUGCCACCAGCUGACCCUGCAUGCCUCUAACGGGGUCUCGGUCUGGGGCGUGUCCACUGAGCUGCAGGUGUGUCUGCUGGAGCCUGUGGAGGGCCUGCUGGGAUCAGUGAUGGCUGAGGAGGGGGAGUGUCCAGACUCAGACCUCUAUGUUAGUGUUUCCCUAGACCGGGGAGUCCCGGUGCAGCUUCUCUUCCAGGUGUCUGGAGCCAACAACAGCAUCUCUGAGACCAGAGACAUGCAAAACAGCAGCAUGCAGGUUUACAAUAUCUCAACCACUAUCCAAGGUAAACAUCUGCGCUGCAGUUCUGUAAAUAAAGUAACAUUACUCUUCCUACCUGUUGGGGAGAUAAGCAGCAACUACAUGCUGUCGGUAGAGGUGACUGUUACAGACUUGAACACAAAGACACGUGGAAGUACCACAAUCAACACUGAGGUGCGGCCAGCCAAGUCCGGUACUCCAGUGCAGGAGCUCCAAUCUGCAGUGGCGUGCACAGUGGCUAAUCUAGGGCAGCAGGGGAUGCUCUCUGGAGAGACCCUUGGACAGAUGUUCAAGUCUGUGUCGGACAUACUGAAUAAAGGCUCCAGUGAGGAAAAGAAUGACAGGAUGAAGCUGCGAGAAGAGAUGCUGAUGAAUAUAACUGAAGCACUGGAGAACAGCUCCAGCAGCACUCCUCAGAAAGUGCAGCUGACGGCCAGAGCUGUGGCAGGACUCACCAAGAGGGGUGAUGAGCUUAGUCCCGAUGCUCAGCUUGAAGCUAGCUUCCUGGUGGCAAACCUCAGCUCUUCCCUCCUCUCCAUGAACGUCAGUGAGCAUGGUGGAGAAGAGGAGAUGGUGCAGGCAGCUACACCAAUUGUAGAGGCAGCCAGCAAUAUCCUGGAUGUUUCCUCAAACAGAGAAGUCUCUGAUUUACUUCUCAAGGGCAUGGACAAUGUGCAGAGUGCACUGUUGAAUUGGAAGAAGGUUGAUGAAGCUCCUGUGAUUGUCAACAGCUCUCAGAUCACUGUGUUUGUGAACAGAGUGUCAACAGAAACUAUUCAGAUGCAGUCUAUAAGCAACCCAAUAAGCUCCUCUGCAAGCUUUUCCUUCCCUCCCCUGGGUGCUGAUGUCCUUUCUCCAGAUGAACCAGUGGACGUGCGAAUGCUAAGUUUCAAGCAGAACCCAUUUUCAUGGAGCGAGGAGAACAACAUUACCGGCACUGUGGGGUCUGUCUCCCUGACAAGAGGAAAUGGUUCUGUCAUCCCCAUAGAGAACCUAUCUGAGGAGAUUGAGAUCUUCUUGCCAAGGCCUGAAGGAGGGCAAGCAAACAGCACAAUACUGUACUUGGGAAACUACAGCACACUGAUGGUCGACGUCCCUUCACCUGAUGUAACACUGGUGCUGAAGAUAAAGCCAUCGAAGGACAUAACCUUUCAACUGUUCCUGGGGUAUAAAGACUACCCAAACGAUAAACAAUACAUAGCCAAGACUCAGAUGCCUCACCAGAGCAACACGCAAGAGGAGAAAUACACCUGGGUCCUGAGUCCCAAAGAUUUGACAGGAAAAGUUGGAGUGCAUUACCUUGUUGUGAGGCCCAUUGUGGAAGCAGGGGUUAAAUCCGUCAAUGCCACUGUGACUGUCACCUCCAUUGCUGCUCAGUGCAAAUAUUGGAAUGAAACCUUAUCCACCUGGAGUGAAGAUGGCUGCAGGGUUGGUCCUUUAACCACGCUAUUGGCCACCCAGUGCUUAUGUACGCACUUGACCUUCUUCGGGAACUCUUUCUUCGUCAUGCCCAACCUCGUAGACGUGUCACGUACGGCUGAGCUCUUUGGCACCUUCGCCCAAAAUCCUGUGGUGGUGUGCUUCAUUGGUUCCAUCUUUGUUGCUUACGUGUUGGUGGUCAUAUGGGCGCGCAGGAAGGACAUCCAGGACACAGCCAAGGUGAAGGUGACAUUGUUAGAAGAUAAUGACCCAUUAGCUGAAUACCGUUACAUGCUGAAUAUCAGCACUGGGCAUCGGCGUGGUGCUUCCACCUCCUCUCAGGUUACUGUGACUCUUCUGGGCACAGAGGGAGAGAGUGAGCCACACCACCUCACUGACCCUGACAAGCCUGUGUUUGAGAGGGGUGCAGUGGAUAUGUUCCUGUUGACCACACCCUUCUCUCUGGGGGAGCUGCAGAGCAUCAGGCUGUGGCACGACAACUCAGGGGGGCACCCAGCCUGGUACAUAAACAAAGUUAUGGUGCAAGAUGUAGAGACAGGACAGAAGUGGCACUUCCUGUGUAACUCAUGGCUGACCAUAGAUAUGAGUGAGUGCACUCUGGAUAAAGUUUUCCCUGUAGCCACGGAGAUGGAUUUGAAGAAAUUCAGCAAUAUGUUCUUCAUGAGGACGGCAAAGGAUUUCCGUGAUGGCCACAUCUGGUUUUCUGUGAUCAGCCGGCCUCCAACAAGCACCUUCACAUGUGUCCAGCGAGUCUCCUGCUGUUUCUCUCUGCUGCUGUGCACCAUGCUGACCAGCAUCAUGUUCUGGGGCAUCCCCACCGACCCCUCUGAGCAGACCAUGGACCUCGGUCAUAUCGAGUUCACCUGGCAGCAGCUGAUGAUUGGUGUUCAGAGUUCAAUCAUAAUGUUUCCAAUUAAUCUCCUCAUUGUGAGUAUCUUCAGAAACACCCGCCCCCGAGAGACGAAGCCUGGAAAGACCAAGGCAGAGGUGUCCAAGCAGAGGAAGACUGGCAGAGUGACUCCCUCACAGCCCUCCUCCCCACAGAGGGACAGAGAACUCACACCAGACACAGUCAUCAAGGACAUAAAGAAGAUUGCUCAGUCACUCUCCAAGGCUAUGAAGAGCCCCAUUCCACGCCUGGAGUUAGAGAUGAAGUCUGGACCACAGACUGAUAUCAACACUCUGCUCUCUCUGGUGGAGGACAUCAUCCGGCAGCAGAACCGACCCAGUGGGGAGUUCUACACUGAUGCCUCCAAGAAAGAGGGAUCGCUCAUUCUCUCACUAGGGGUAACCAAUCUGCAAGAGACCAGCAUGUGUGGGAGCCCUGAGAAGACUGGGGAUGGGAGACAGAAAAGGAGCACCAACAGCCAGUAUCUGUACAGGCAGCUACGCCAUGUAGAGAAGGAGCUGAGCCUACUGGGACCUUCUCGCUUCCCCAACCCAGACAGCUACUGCCAGGCAGUGCAGCAGGUCCAGGGCAUGAAGGGACUGCUAGAGUCUUCCAGCCUGGCAGGGGAUGAGCUGGCUCAAAGUCCGGGCCAAGCUGAGAGUAGUGAUGGGGACAGUGGCAGUAAAAAGUGCUGUCAAGACGGGCUGCCCUGGUGGUUUGUGUUCAUUGGCUGGAUUCUGGUGGUAGCCACCAGCGGAGUAUCAGGAUACUUCACCAUGAUGUAUGGGUUGACCUAUGGGAAGGACCGCUCUAUAAGCUGGCUCAUCUCCAUGGUCGUGUCUUUCUUUCAGAGCCUCCUAAUCAUUCAGCCGCUGAAAGUGCUAGGUUUUGCAGCCUUCUUUGCUCUCGUUCUGAAGAAAGUUGAUCAGGAGGAGUAUGGGGAUCCAAAAAUUGAGGGGGCACUCAGAAACCCAGAUGACCCUGAUGUAGUCUGGGCUGUCAGGAGGGAUAGCACACGUAGCUUCUACCAGCCCCCGCCACCCACAGACGUCGAGAGGAUGAGGAACAACAUGAUCAAGGAGCAGAAGGUUUUCGCCCUCAUCAAAGAGAUUCUCACCUACAUGGGGUUCAUGUGGAUGUUGCUCCUUGUGGCGUAUGGUCAGCGGGACCCUAACGCUUACUUCCUGAUUCAGCACAUUCGGCAGAGCUUCAGCCAAGGGAUCUCAGACAGCAUGAGCCACGGAAAUGUGUUCACCUGGGCAAAUACCUCUCUUCUCAGCAACCUCUUCGGAGAGUACCCAGGUUUCAUCACAGAUGGGAACUCCAAACUGGUUGGUAAUGCCCGUCUUCGCCAGGUGAGGGUGCAGAAGAAUUCCUGCCGAAUCGCCCGCUCCAUGCGCCAGGCUGUACCUGACUGCCAUGCUCCAUACUCAUGGGAAGUGGAGGACAUGGGCUCCUAUGGGCCAGGCUGGAACCGCUCUGCGAGUGAAAACACCUCCAAGACCCUCCGCAGCCCCUGGCAGUACCAAACCCAGGCCCGACUCAGAGCUCAACCCAUCUGGGGCAGUGUGGUUCUCUACAGGGGAGGGGGGUUUGUGGUGGACCUGGGCCCUGACUCACAGAAUGCUAGCAGUACCCUUCAGUAUCUGUUUGACAACACCUGGCUUGAUAUGUUCACCCGAGCAGUCUUUGUAGAGUUCACAGUGUACAAUGCCAAUGUCAACCUCUUCUGCAUUGUCACACUCAUGCUGGAGACCACAGCUGUAGGAGCGUUCCAGUUUCGCAGUGAGCUGCAGAGUGUCCGACUAUACCAGUCCACUGGUGGACUCCACAUCUUUGUCAUGGCCUCUGAGGUCAUCUAUUUCCUCUUUAUCUUCUACUACAUGUAUGUUCAGGGAAAGCUGAUGAAGCAGCAGAAGUGGGCUUACUUCAAGACAAAGUGGAACCUGCUGGAGCUCGCCAUCAUCCUCCUGAGCUGGAGUGCACUGUCUGUCUUCAUUAAGAGGAGCCUGCUAGGGAACCGGGACAUGGAGUACUACCACAACCAUAAAGACCAGUUUGCCAGUUUCCAUGAGACAGCCACAGCAGAUGCAGUGCUGGGGUAUCUGAUUGCAUUCCUGGUGCUACUGGCUACAGUCAAACUGUGGCACCUGAUGAGGUUCAACCCCAAGCUACACAUGAUCACAGCCACACUGCAACGUGCCUGGACUGACAUAUCAGGCUUCAUACUGGUCAUCACCAUUAUGUUCCUGGCCUAUUCUAUGAUUUCUAAUCUGAUGUAUGGCUGGAAGCUAUACUCAUAUAGGACUCUCCUGGAUUCUGCUCUGACCAUGGUCAGCUUGCAACUGGGCAUCUUCAACUAUGACGAGGUUCUUGAUUACAACCCAGUGCUUGGAGCGUUCCUCAUUGGCUCCUGCAUUAUAUUCAUGACCUUUGUGGUUCUGAACCUGUUCAUCUCAGUCAUCCUGGUGGCGUUCACUCAAGAGCAAAUGCAUCACAAGCCCUCAGAGGAGGAGGAGAUAGUGGAUCUGAUGCUGAUGAAGUUCUGCAGCUUGUUCGGGAUCAAAUAUAACAAAGAAGAAAGUAACAGUCCCAAGGUGAUUGCCAACCAUGCCUCUGUUACUAAGAAAGAACCUUCCACUAAAUCCUCAGAGAUGCUUAGUUCUCAGUAAAGAUCUGCCACUCUGUAUGAAUUGAUAUUGGAACUGCUUUCAUUUAUGUUGC